GUUCUUUAGACAUAGUAUUGUUACUUUUCCUGAUUGUACCUGUUCUUUUCUCUUGGCAUUGAGCAGGUGUUAUCAAAUCUCUUAUUGGAAGAAAGAAGUUGCUUUCGGCAGUUAAGUACAUUUGUGUUUUUAAGCUCGAAUGUAAUUUUCUGCCAGUGCCUCUGCUAGAAUCUCAUUUGGAACUGUCAAUGAAAAGGGUGAAUGAGAAAUGCAAUGAUGGAAAUCUUAAAUCAAAGAUCCAAGCUGAUUCGAUGGAAUUGAACAUUCUUCAAGAUGUAACUAAAUGCAUCAAAACGUUUAAGCUUCAGUCAAAAUUCCCACCCGAUGACCUUUUAUCACGCAUCAAGGAGUUGGAAAAGAAGAAAAGUAAGAGAAGAAAGUCUCCUGCUUUAACAUCAUUGAAGAAACGCAGUGCCAGUGCAAGCUCGUCUGCAUCUGUAGCAAGUCGAAAACAACAACAAAAGCGUCCUCGAUUCAUUUGAACAUGAUGCAACUUAUAUCAUGUCAGAAUGUAUAGUUGUAUAACCUUGUUACUACCAUUUUUAGAUGCUUAAUAACAUUUAUUGUGCUGUUAGGCCUCAAAAGGUUU